AUGGUCAUACCCGAGGCGCUCAACGACCACACAACGAGAGCCCAACAUGACGACGGCCUCUCCAAUCAUCAAGCAUGGAGAACACCCCUCACGCUCGCCGCUGACCAGAGACUCAGGCUUUGCGGAGUGCCACAGGUGUCUAGCAACUUAACCGACCCAGUUCAAGUGCUGGUAUCCUGGAACAUCGAUACCGUGUUGACACUGCAGAGUAUUUCGGGCAACAUCCCAUCAGCCGCCACCACCCGCCGUCGCACGUUUUACGUCCAGUUCUCUGUGUCUGGUUUGACUCAUAUCGAAAUCGCGCGAUCCAGCGGCCCAGUCGCUGUUGAGGGACGCUGGGCCUGCUUCUCAGAUAAGGAUAUGCAAGCGCAAUUCAUGUCCCGAGACCUUAUUGAUGGGCGAGAAGCGGAUUUGGCUCUGGACACUUUCCACGGGCGUGUUUCUGGCAUCUUCGCAGUACCAUCUUUCUCGUUGUUCUUAGGCAACAACGAAUGGGACGGUGUUUGUAUUUUUGACAUCGACAAGAUCUCGGAAAUCGCGUCCGUCCCUGCACAGUCGAGGGCAGGAUCCAUCAGCCGCGACAGGGUUCGACCAGAAAGUCAGGAUCGCAUUGGCGAGAUCCCGCCUUGCGGGACCGUCUUGUACGAUCAUUUGUCCGACACGUCCUCCGAAAACCCGGGUCAACCGACCGCGUGGGCCGAAGUCCCGACCAGCGGCGACUCAUACGUUCUCUGUUCGACGCUGGGACCGAAGGCGGCGUCUCUGCUCAUCCUUGAACACUCCAAGUCUAAGGCCACGACCACCCUCCGUCAAGUGAUCUUGCCGUCGUUUCCGAUUGCUUAUCGCCGGCGUCAUGAACGAGCAACCACGUCGUGGGAGGUCCUAAGAACGGCUGGGGAGUCCGAUUUCCUCCGGCACUGCAACUCCUUGCAUGUAUUGCCAGCGAAGAACACCGCGGGCUGUGUUUUGUUGGUGGGACAAAAGGAGUCAAGUCUCUGGAUAGAGCUCUCCCUGAGGUGUACGGCAAGAGAACGCCUCUCGGUCCCAGUGGCAGAGAUCCCUCGGCCCUUGCUGGCGAAAGCCGAUCCUGAUAUUCAGUUCAGCUCGGUUGCUCUUGACAUUCGAGCUCGUCUGGCAGCGGGCGGCUUGAUCCGCGAGGCUCCAGUUGAGGUGCCUCAAGCCGUCCACGGUUUGCCACCACAGACCAGCACCGCUGGUCACCUUGUGGUGUACAAGGCUGAGUUCUACGGACGCCCCGGUCCUGCGAUGAACAUCAACCUGACAUUCGGAGUACACCGGCCCUACUCACUGGUGAAUGCGACCGUGGAUGGUUACUGUUCAAUCUGGGUGGUUGAUGUCCCGACGCCGAGAGGUCAUCGUUGGAUCUCUAUCGAAAAGGACGAAACGGGCGGAGAAGACGAGCCCUCUAUGUACCGCUUCCGAUACAGCGAUCGUGAGGCUGGCGACGGCGUGUCGCUCCUAGCCACCUCCCUCGGUGCCAAUCGCUCCAAAGCCUGUCAUCCAGAUGACGGGUACUUGGCGAUGGCCAUCGAACAAGAUAUUCUUGCACUGCAGGACGGUAAUGAACCCAGAAUGCGUCAAUUCGCUGCGUUGCGCUUGGGUUGUUGA